CAAAGUCUAGUUUCACUUCCGCUCUGGAUGUUUCCUGAUUAAAGUUUACUUUCACUUGCGAGCGUGGCAGUUGGUUUUCUCCGUCUCAACCUCCAGCUGAAGAUCAAAGUGUGUGUGAGCUGAUGUGGAUGUGAGUUCAGCAGCAUGAGUCAGUGUGAGGACAGAGAGGAGGGAGUCCCUUCCUCUAAAAGGACUCUGUGGGGACCUGAACCUGGACCUGGAGCUAAACCUGGACCUGAACCCAGCUGUGUGUCCUUCAAGAGCGACCGGUCAAAAGAUGAUUUUAUUGUUUUUAAACAAAAAUGUUCGUCUGACAAAAGGAUCUAUAGGAGACCAGACUCUACUGGACCUGGACCUGGACCUGAACCCAGCUAUGUGUCCUUCAAGAGCGACCUGUCAAAAGGGAUCAUCACUGACAUUAAAAGAAGACAUUCAUGUGACAUAAAGGUGGACCAGGAGAGCUCAGAGGUUCCCAGUGGUCAGUCUGCCCAGCAGCAUCAAACACACCUGGACUCCAUAUUUAUGCUGCUGGAGGACAACAUUGUCACUUUUGUGAAGACCGAGCUGAAAAAGAUCCAGAGGGUUCUGAGUCCAGAUUACCCAGAAUACUUAGAGAGUCAGAGGGAGGAUGAGGAGGUGUUGGACGGUGAGGAUGAAGAGCAGAGGAAGAGCAGCAGAGAGGCAUUUCUGAAGAUCACAGUGCACUUCCUGAGGAGAAUGAAGCAGGAGGAGCUGGCUGACUGUCUGCAGAGCAGAAGUUCUUCUGGAGUUUGUCAGCGUGAACUUAAAUCCAACCUAAAGAAGAAGUUUCAGUGUGUGUUUGAGGGGAUUGCUAAAGCAGGAAACCCAACCCUUCUGAACCAGAUCUACACAGAGCUCUACAUCACAGAGGGAGGGACUGCAGAGGUCAAUGAUGAACAUGAGAUCAGACAGAUUGAAACAGCAUCCAGGAAACCACACAGACCAGAAACAACAAUCAGACAAGAAGAUAUAUUUAAACCCUCACCUGGAAGAGAUGAACCAAUCAGAACAGUGAUGACAAAUGGAGUGGCUGGCAUUGGGAAAACAGUCUUAACACAGAAGUUCACUCUGGACUGGGCUGAAGACAAAGCCAACCAGGACAUACAGUUCACAUUUCCAUUCACUUUCAGAGAGCUGAAUGUGCUGAAAGAGAAAAAGUACAGCUUGGUGGAACUUGUUCAUCACUUCUUUACUGAAACCAAAGAAGCAAGUAUCUGCAGGUUUGAAGAAUUCCAGGUUGUGUUCAUCUUUGAUGGUCUGGAUGAGUGUCGACUUCCUCUGGACUUCCACAACACUAAGAUCCUGACUGAUCCUACAAAGUCCACCUCAGUGGAUGUGCUGCUGACAAACCUCAUCAGGGGGAACCUGCUUCCCUCUGCUCGCCUGUGGAUAACCACAAGACCUGCAGCAGCCAAUCAGAUUCCUCCUGGGUGUGUUGACAUGGUGACAGAGGUCAGAGGGUUCACUGACCCACAGAAGGAGGAGUACUUUAGGAAGAGAUUCAGAGAUCAGGAGCAGGUCAGCAGACUUAUCUCCCACAUUGAGACCUCACGAAGCGUCUACAUCAUGUGCCACAUCCCAGUCUUCUGCUGGAUCACUGCUACAGUUCUGGAGGAUGUGUUGAAGACUAGAGAGAAAGGAGAGCUGCCCAAGACCCUGACUGAGAUGUACAUCCACUUCCUGGUGGUUCAGUCCAAACGGAAGAACAUCAAGUAUGAUGAAGGAGCUGAGACAGAGACACACUGGAUUCCAGAGAACAGAGAGAUGAUUGAGUCUCUGGGGAAACUGGCUUUUGAGCAGCUGCAGAAAGGCAACCUGAUCUUCUAUGAAUCAGACCUGACAGAGUGUGGCAUCGAUAUCAGAGCAGCCUCAGUGUACUCAGGAGUGUUCACACAGAUCUUUAAAGAGGAGAGAGGACUGUACCAGGACAUGGUCUUCUGCUACAUCCAUCUGAGUGUUCAGGAGUUUCUGGCUGCUCUUCAUGUCCAUCUGACAUUCAUCAGCUCUGGAGUCAAUCUGCUGGCAGAAGAACAAUCAACCUCCCAGAAGUCUGAAACAAGAAAAGAUGAAUCAGCAGAGACACAGUUCUACCAGAGUGCUGUGGACAAGGCCUUACAGAGUCCAAAUGGACACCUGGACUUGUUCCUCCGAUUCCUCCUGGGACUUUCACUGCAGACCAAUCAGACUCUCCUACAAGGCCUGCUGACACAGACAGGAAGUAGCUCAGAAACCAAUCAGGUAGCGGUCGAGUACAUCAAGAAGAAGAUCGAAGAGACUCCCUCUGCAGAGAGAACCAUCAAUCUGUUCCACUGUCUGAAUGAACUAAAUGAUUGCUCUUUGGUGGAGGAGAUCCAACAGUCCCUGAGUUCAGAAAGUCUCUCCACCGAUGAACUGUCUCCUGCUCAGUGGUCAGCUCUGGCCUUCAUCUUACUGUCAUCAGAAAAAGAUCUGGACGUGUUUGACCUGAAGAAAUACUCUGCUUCAGAGGAGGCUCUUCUGAGGCUGCUGCCAGUGGUCAAAGCCUCCAACAAAGCUCUACUGAGUGGCUGUGACCUCUCAGAGAGAAGCUGUGAAGCGCUGUCCUCAGUUCUCAGCUCCCAGUCCUCUAGUCUGAGAGAGCUGGACCUGAGUAACAACAACCUGCAGGAUUCAGGAGUCCAGCUUCUGGCUGCUGGACUGGAGAGUCCACAUUGUAAACUGGAAACUCUCAGACUGAGUGGCUGUAACCUCUCAGAGAGAAGCUGUGAAGCGCUGUCCUCAGUUCUCAGCUCCCAGUCCUCUAGUCUGAGAGAGCUGGACCUGAGUAACAACAACCUGCAGGAUUCAGGACUGAAGCUUCUGUCUGCUGGACUGAAGAGUCCACAUUGUAAACUGGACACUCUCAGGUCAGGAUUCAUGAACCCAUUCAACUGAUCAUUUAAAGUGUGAUUUACAUUAGUGGAUAAACAGCUAACCUGUGUAGGAUUGUGUCUGCUAAUACGAUUUGUCAAAGGACCUUUAACUAAACUUCAGCAGGAGUUUCUAGACUCAGAGAACUACUUUCCAUGAGGAUUUGUAUCAUUUGUUGUUGAAUUAUAGAACAGCACAGAGGAUUUUAAAGAUUUAUUCUACAUUUGUAUCUGGACCAAAAUGUACCUGAACAAAGACCAAAACCACAGAGCCAAGUAUUGACAGGGGGGUUCCUCAAGAACUGGUUUCAGGAUAAAGAGCAGACUGGUUUCCUCUGUCUGGUGGCGACUUUGAUAAUCCUCUGUGAAGUCACAUUUUUCUUUUGUGAGUUCACACAGCGCUUUGCUCAAAGUCUUUACUGUCCCUUUUUGACCAAAGCUUCACUCUUCAUAAACACAUUGUAAUGUUUUUAGCAUGCUAGCAGCAUGGUUCUAUGGAUGGUAAUGUGGGUCUGUCAGUCCGUCCUCCACUUUGGUCCAGACUGAAAUAUCUCAACAGCUAUUGGAUGGAUUGUGAUGAAAUGUGGUUCAGACCUGCCAGAUAUAAUUCACCAGGACCAGACUGGAUUUAUAAAACAAAGACAGACACAGGACAAUAAUCGGCGCACAUUACAUGUAAUGCAAAACAUAAUCAAAAAAAGAUUAGAAGCAAUAAUAGUGGGACUGGAUGCAGAAAAAGGCAUUUGGUGGAAUUUCCUGUAUAUGGUGCUGGAGCGAUUUUGUUUCCAUGAAAUUUUGUCAAAACUAUUCAAUCUCUCUUUAAUAAAC